CAUUUGAUCUUUUGCACUACCAGCGGCGUUGCGUUGCCCGGCGUUGAUUACGAACUCAUCGUACUCUUAGGGCUCGACCCAAGCGUCAAGAGGUACAUGAUGUACCACCAAGGCUGCUUCGCUGGUGGCACUGUCCUUCGUUUGGCUAAGGAUUUAGCUGAAAACAACAAGGAUGCUCGUGUGCUUAUUGUUUGUUCUGAAAAUACUUCAGUCACUUUUCGUGGUCCUAGUGAGACAGACAUGGACAGUCUUGUAGGGCAAGCAUUGUUUGCCGAUGGAGCUGCUGCAAUUAUCAUUGGUUCUGAUCCUAUACCAGAGGUUGAGAAUCCUAUCUUUGAGAUUGUCUCGACCGAUCAAAAACUUGUCCCUGGCAGCCAUGGAGCCAUCGGUGGUCUCCUUCGUGAAGUUGGGCUUACAUUCUAUCUUAACAAGAGUGUUCCUGAUAUUAUUUCACAAAACAUCAACGACGCACUCAGUAAAGCUUUUGAUCCAUUGGGUAUAUCUGAUUAUAACUCAAUAUUUUGGAUUGCACACCCUGGUGGACGUGCAAUUCUGGACCAGGUUGAACAAAAGGUAAACUUGAAGCCAGAGAAGAUGAAAGCCACCAGAGAUGUGCUUAGCAAUUAUGGUAAUAUGUCAAGUGCAUGUGUGUUUUUCAUCAUGGAUUUGAUGAGGAAGAGAUCUCUUGAAGGCAAACUUAAAACUACUGGAGAAGGAUUUGAUUGGGGUGUGCUUUUUGGCUUUGGUCCUGGUCUCACUAUUGAAACCGUUGUCCUUCGUAGCGUGACCAUAUAAUACCCUUAAUUAU